ACCGAAACGAGGCUAUCAGUAAUGGCGCCUCGGUGGUGAUUUCAAGAACAUGCUACUACGAUGAAAGAAGAAAGUUAAAAGAAAGUCAAAGGCUGGCGAAUUGACUGAAGAAGGGAAUGUAAUUGCCAAUAAAGUGAAAAUUUUCAAAAAGUCGAUAUAUGGGUUUUAUUCAGACUGACAUCUGUUAGUUGAGGCAAAGGGAAAUAUAAGAACAUGACAUCAAUUAUACGCUUCACCGCUCUGUCUGGUGCUCAAGAUGAAUCUCCACUUUGCUAUUUGCUGCAAGUAGAUGAAUUCAGGUUUUUACUUGAUUGUGGAUGGAAUGAACUUCUAAGUAUGGAUUCUAUUGAGAAUAUAAAAUGGCACAUUGGUCAAAUAGAUGCUGUUUUACUGUCCCAGCCAGACUUGUAUCAUCUAGGUGCUAUCCCAUACGUCUUUGGAAAAUGUGGUCUCAAUUGUCCCAUUUAUGCAACCAUUCCAGUUUAUAAAAUGGGUCAGAUGUUUUUGUAUGAUUUUUUCCAGUCACAUCAGAAUGAAGAAGACUUUGAACUUUUUUCACUUGAUGAUGUCGAUACUGCUUUUGAAAAAAUCAUCCAGUUGAAGUAUUCACAGCAUGUUAGCUUAAAAGGAAGAGGCCAUGGACUCAGUAUCACACCAUAUGCUGCUGGUCACAUGAUUGGAGGAACCAUGUGGAAAAUUAUGAAGGAAGGAGAAGAAGACAUCAUCUAUGCAGUUGACUACAAUCACAAAAAAGAAAUCCAUCUCAAUGGAGCAGUUUUAGAAACCUUAAGUCGACCAUCACUUCUGAUAACAGACUCUUUUACUGCUUUAAACAUACAAGCACGGAGGAAAGAGAGGGACAUUCAGCUAAUGGACAAUAUUCACACAGCUGUGAGAAGAAAUGGAAACGUACUGUUAGCAGUUGAUACAGCUGGGCGGGUACUGGAGCUAGCACAGCUACUUGAUCAGCUUUGGAGAACCCAAGAAUCUGGUCUUUUUGCCUAUUCUCUUUGUCUUCUCAACAAUGUUAGUUAUAACGUAGUGGAAUUCGCAAAAUCUCAGGUUGAAUGGAUGAGUGAUCGUAUGAUGAAAACCUUUGAAGCAGGGCGAAAUAAUCCUUUCCAGUUUAAACAUAUCACACUCUGUCAUAGUCUUGCAGAUGUCAACAAGGUGUCUUCACCAAAGGUCGUUCUAGCAAGCACUGCGGAUCUAAAUUGUGGUUUUGCAAGAAGUCUUUUUAUACAGUGGGCUGACUCUGCAAACAAUAGCAUCAUCUUUACAAGUCUUACUCCUCCAGGAACUUUGGCUAGAAAACUUAUUGACAAUCCCAAUUUAGAAUCUAUCGAAAUCCAGAUAAAAACACGGAUGAAACUUGAAGGAGAGGAAUUAGAAAAAUAUUUAGAAGCUGAGCGAGAGAAAGCUAAAUUAGAAAAAAUACAAGAGAAACUAAAGGCUGAGAGACGUGCCAGCCAAUAUAAGGAGGAGAGUGACAGCGAAAGCGAGGAGGAGGAUACACAAAACAAUAUCAAUAUGGGAAUGAAAUCUAAAUACGAUUUGAUGCUUUCUGAUGACAAGCUAAGAGCAAAAGGAAAUUUUUUCAAGCAAGCUAAGACAUUUCCGAUGUUUCCGUUCAAAGAAGAAAGACUAAAAUGGGAUGAUUAUGGUGAAAUAAUUAAACCAGAAGAUUACUUCUUAAUCCAAGAUUCAACACCAAUGGAAGAGGAUACUGCUGUACAAGAUGAAGAAGAGGAUGAAAAAACAUCAGUUCCGAUUAAAGAUCUUUCAAAGAUUCCAACAAAAUGUGUUAUUACCAAAGAGAAGAUUGAAAUAAGAUGUCAAAUAAAGUAUAUAGAUUUCGAAGGAAGGUCUGAUGGUGAAUCUAUCAAAAGAAUCCUUUCUCUGGUAAAACCAAGACAACUGAUUUUAGUUCAUGGAACUGAAAAAGCGACGGAACAUCUUUUGGAGUACUGUAAGAAAAAUCUAGGCAUGACGUCAGGAACGGUGUUUGCUCCUCGAAUUGGCGAAACGAUAGACGCUACAAGAGAAAGUCAUAUUUAUCAGGUGAAGCUUAAAGACUCCUUGGUUAGUUCGCUUUCAUUUGCUCAGACACGUGAAGCGGAGCUAGCUUGGGUAGAUGGUCGACUGGUAAUAGAACGCUCUAAAAUUGACGCGAGAUCGGAUGAGAAAAUGGAAACGGAUGAUGAUCAUCGCAGGGAUGUUGUUCCAGUGCUGGAGCAACUUCCGUCUGAAGAGGUGCCUGGACACCGAAGCGUAUUCGUAGAUGAGCCAAGGCUGUCAGACUUCAAGCAAGUUUUAACCAAAGCCGGAUUUCAGGCUGAGUUUGCCGGCGGUGUUCUCGUUUGUAAUAACAUUAUUGCAGUCAGGCGGAGUGAGGCUGGAAAAAUAGGACUUUCUGGAGCCCUGUGCGAAGACUACUAUCUUAUAAGGGACUUACUUUACCAACAGUACGCCAUAGUAUGAGAAACAGGCAUGUGUAGAGACUGCAUGUAUUGCCAAAGGGGAAGUUUUUUAACUCUUUCAUUAUUAGUUGUUUAUUUAAACCUGUCUUACAAUAUUUUGUUAAUAACCGUAUUGCAUGUUUUUUUAAAACAUCCACGGACACUGUAUGCUGUGUUUCAAUGCUGUUGAUGCUUUUCUUUAUAAGAUUAU